AUGCAUAAACAAACUCGCAAAGUCUCGCCGCCAGGCCCCUCCUUCAUGUCCAAUGAUCAAGUUGGUGAGUCAAGCGUACUGCGGGGAAAGGCCGAGCUAACAUAUCUUGGAAAAGCAACGUACUUGAAGGACUUGAGGGUCAAUCGUCCAGCUCGUCCGACCGGGUCCCGUCCAUAUCCUGGCCGGGCGCCGGCGACGACAACGGCGGUGCCCGACACGCUGCCCUCAAGGGCGUCCUCGGCCCUGUCGAUGCAGCGGCCAGUCGAAGAUGAAAUGGAAGAUCAGCCCCGCGCGGGGAGUGCCAUGUCUCAUCGCCGAGCUACGUCUCAGAUGUCAGCAAAUGCCAUGGGCCGUCCGCUAGCCCAGGAGCCACGAACACACUCGAUUCGAAAGAAUGUCUUCCCCGCGCAGGUGCAAUCCCGUACGAUUCCAAUCCCACCAUCUCCAUCACCGUCAUAUCAGGAAGAUGGUCAACGCCGACAUGAGAAGGAAGAAGCCCGAUCCCUGCGAGAGGCCUUACAGAAUAUGGAUGUGCAGGAUGACGUGGGGUUGCACAAGGCCGCCCAGGAUGAGGCUACAGAGCUGGUGUGGAUGCACCAAAACCCAGGCAAACAGUUCAAAAACCCAUACGCGCCAUAUAAGAACCCCGAUGCCAACAGGCGCAGUGAGAGCCCCGUCAUGAGUGAUUCCCCGGGGCAUAAUUCCCCUCAUAGAUUCAGCCAGUCAGUGGGGUCAAUUGGAUCGUCGGAUAGUCACCCAAGCCCCGAGUCUCUGCGCAAACGAUCCUCCUUGGCUGGAUCAACGAAGAAGAAUCUCAAAGUGAACUUUAAGCUACCUGACGAGGAACCCAUUGAGCCCAUCGCGCCAAGGCCACGAACCGUCAGCAAUGAUUCCUCCAAAGGGGUGUUCAGAAACCCCAAUGAUCAUAUUUACGAGGAGCCUGCGCGCACUAAAAAAGAGGAUGCACCGGAUUUCUCAAAGUCGGAUUCCUCCGCUUUAAGAAAUAAACCACGCAACGCUCUCGGUCGUAAUCCCAAGCCACUUCCGUGGCUGCGGGAUAGAGGCACCAACGGCACCGUUAUGGACAAAAUUUCGAGGUUCGAAAUCCACAAGAACCCUCCCACUCAGUCACGCAACGCCGGAUACACUCGCAAUGAGAGCUCACCUACCCCUCCUCCGGAGGAAUCCAGGCAAGACCCAUUGUCGACAAGGGAGGGAAGAGAAAUCCGCAGUGAUGAUAUCCGGGCCGCCACGAGCAAGAGAAGGGGAGACCGCAGCGAAAAGCUCCCAAUGCCUUCAGCCGUCAGCGAUCGAGUUGGGCGUCCAAUCGUGAGCUUCGAUCAGACCUGGAAGCCGGCCGAUCAGCCCAAGCCCGACCGUCCAACCAUGCCCAUCAUCGAAAUUGCGGCACCGUCAAUUGAAGUCUCAGCCCCCUCCAUCGAAGUGUCUGAGCCGCCACCCAUCCCGGUCAUCAAUGUUCCCGACAUCAAAGUGCCAACUAUAUCUGAGAUUGAACCGCCAUCGGAUCAAUCGAAGCCAACAAGGCCGGGUCCACAGCCCUCGAGAACUAGCCCGACCAAGCAAGGGUUCCCGAGACAGCCAGCAUCCGAAUCUCAAAACCGCUGGUAUACGCCGUAUUCCAGGUCCGGUGCACCAACCGCAAGCUGCGAGCUUUGCUCCCUUCCAAUUUCGGGCAAGAUUGUCACGGCUGGUGGAUGUCGCUUCCACCCAGAGUGCUUCACUUGCUUCCACUGCCACACGGCACUUGAAUGUGUCGCCUUCUACCAAGAGCCACAGUCUAACAGGGACGAGAGAUUGGCUACCGAGCCCAAUGACCACGAGGCUUGCGUGCCACGCUUUUACUGUCAUUUGGAUUUCCACGAAAUGUUCAGCCCUCGCUGCAAGAGCUGCAAGACCCCCAUUGAGGGAGAAGUGGUUGUAGCAUGCGGUGCUGAAUGGCAUGUCGGCCACUUCUUCUGUGCCGAGUGCGGUGAUCCAUUCGAUUCUCAAACGCCUUUUGUCGAAAAGGACGGUUUCGCAUGGUGUCUCAAUUGUCACUCGCGACGGACCGCACCCCGCUGCCUGGGCUGCAAGAAACAUGUCCUCGAUGAGGUUGUCAUCACGGCCAUCGGCGGACAGUGGCACGAGCAGUGUUUUAACUGCCACGAAUGUGGCGACGGGUUUGGACCUGAGGGUCGGUUCUUCGUUCGCGAGGGAGAGCCCAAGCGAACAGCCAAGGGCCGCAUUAUCGGUGGUCCUGUCCAGCUCGCUAUCUGUGAGCGAUGUGAAGGAAUUCGUCUCAAGGCACCGGGGAUGUGCUAA